CGCCCCCAGAGCGCUUUGCCUCCGACGCGGCUGGUGAGGCGACCGCGCCGGACGUGCGCUCUGACAGCUGGCCGGGACCCCUCAGCAGGUCGAGGCUGUCCGGUCAGCCGUCUCGCCGGGAAGUCCACCUAGCCGCUGUAGACCCUCCUGCCAGCGCAUCCCCGGGCAGGUGACCCUGGCACCAUGGUGACUGAGCAGGAGGUGGACACCAUCGGGCGCACGCUGGUGGACCCCCAGCAGCCCCUGCAGGCACGCUUCCGGGCGCUCUUCACCCUGCGAGGGCUGGGCGGGGCUGGCGCCAUCAGCUGGAUCAGCCGGGCCUUCAUGGACGACUCUGCCCUGCUCAAGCACGAGCUGGCCUACUGCCUGGGGCAGAUGCAGGAUGAGAGGGCCAUCCCAGUGCUGCUGGACGUGCUACGGGACACGUGCCAGGAGCCCAUGGUGCGCCACGAGGCAGGGGAGGCGCUGGGAGCCAUUGGAAACCCAAAAGUUCUAGAGACUCUGAAGCAGUACUCCAGCGACCCCGUGAUCGAGGUGGCAGAGACGUGCCAGUUGGCGGUGCGCCGCCUGGAGUGGCUGCAGCAGCACCGCGGGGAGCCAGCCGCCGGGCCUUACCUGUCGGUGGACCCGGCCCCGCCGGCCGAGGAGCGCGACGUGGGGCGGCUCCGGGAGGCCCUGCUGGAUGAGACCCUGCCGCUCUUCGAUCGCUACCGGGCCAUGUUCGCCCUGCGCAACGCCGGCGGUGAGGAGGCGGCCCUGGCCCUGGCUGACGGCCUGCGCUGCGGGAGCGCGCUCUUCCGCCACGAGGUGGGCUACGUGCUGGGCCAGCUGCAGCACGAGGCGGCCGUGCCCCAGCUGACAGCGGCGCUGGCCCGCCUGGCCGAGAGCCCCAUGGUGCGGCACGAGUGCGCCGAGGCCCUGGGCGCCAUCGCCCGGCCCGCCUGCCUGGCCGCGCUGCGGGCGCACGCCGAGGACCCCGAGCGCGUGGUGCGGGAGAGCUGCGAGGUGGCCCUGGACAUGUACGAGCACGAAAGCGGACAGGCCUUCCAGUACGCGGACGGGCUCGAGCGCCUGCGCCAGGCGCCCUCCUAAGCCCACCCCAGAGGCCCCGCCCCAGGAGCCUUGCCUCCCUCCUCCUGGAGCUCCGCCCCCGCUGCCCCUCCUAGGGACACACUCCUCUGGAAAGCCACACCCAUGGUGAUGGGCACCGCCCCAUAUUGGAGGCUCCCCCUUCCCCUAGAAGCAUGCCCUGGGGGCUGGGACACUGGAAUUUUUCAGAUGCCACCAGAGCUGCCUGGAUUUUGGUGUAUCUACCCAAUGUGUGCAACUGGCUCACUCCCCAUGCCCCUUGCUCUCUCCAUCUCGGAGGGGCCCUGCCAGGACACUUGGUACGCCGUCCGCAGCCUAGCACUGGGCUGCCCGUGUCAGGGUGUCGGGGUACAGGGUUGGGACUCUGAGAUAGGGCGCAGCUGCCUCUUAGAAGAAGGAAUGUGGUCCCCCGGGGUGGCGUGGGUACCCAUCCCCAGGUAGUAGUGACCAGGCCCAGUGGGUGUGGGGAGGUACUCUUGGGCAGUGGAGUAUUAAAUUAUUUUUGCCAACUA